ACACGAUGAGUGAAUGUUUGUCUGUCAUAAUUUCGAUGAAGAAAAAAAACAUGUGUUUAUUAUUAUUAUUAUGUUGAUGUUUGAUGUGAAAUAGUCACAAGCGAUUAUUUAUCUAUUUUUGAAAUCGAAAUGAGAAUUAAAGACGAUGGACACUGUUUGUAAUGUUUGUGAUGGCACCGAAUUUACGGUUAAUGCAGGUUUUUACUACUGCGACAAUUGCGGACAACAAGCAACCACUUUACAAGAAGUUGAAGAUCAAGCCGAUGGACAAUUCGAUGAUAUUCAGAAAAAAUCCCAUAAAAUUAAAAAAACUGUUCAAACACAAAACAGUGAACUUACGUCGUGGGAAACAUACAAUUACAUUAUUUAUGAAUUUGUAAACGAACUCAUUCAGUUGGGGUGUAAGGACGAACUCACCCUAAUGACAUUACAACUGUGGUCAGCAUAUUUGCGUAAAAAUGAGAUUGCAUUUUUUGGCAAAAAAGAAACAAAAAUACCGAAAUUUUCGUUCAAAUAUAAACACCGAGAUGUAAGACUGAUUUAUAGUUUGCCGGUGAAAAAACGACGACCAUCAUCAACAACAGCCAGUUCGGCGGGAUCAAGUGAGAAUUUGACAUUACGUCAAUCAAAAAUUGCAUUGAGGAAGAAAAAACAAUUAUUAGCCAAUGCUCAAUAUGAAGAAUAUAUGAGCUCCCAGAAAACGGAUAUAAGUUCGUUGGGUUUUAAUUUGGGUUCACAAAAAUCAUCAACGGGUCCAUCAUCAGACAACACGGAUACGACAAUUCGAAUAAAAUAUUCACGUCGAACACGGCAAAAAUUGAGCAAGAAAAUCUCACGCGAACAUUUGACGGAACAUCAAAAUGAUAUUGGACGUAAACUGAAAUGCCAUAACAUUAAAGAUAGAGAGGUCCUGGGACGUACAUUCGUGUUUGCCAUGUUAUGGUUGGCAUUAAAUCAAAUCGGUGACACUUUACAAAUUAGCGAUUUAAUUCGUUAUGCCAAAGAGUCACACAUCAAACUAAAUAAUAUAAGUACAUUUCUUCCGCCUACCAUCGAUGCCAAACAGGCGGUCAAUCAUUUUCGAAAGAGUUCCAAUGACAAUUUAACGCACGCAUUUCUACGCACCAAAGCUCUAACAAUCGCACGAAUUAUUGGCAUACAAAAUGUCAUUCAACCCGAUUUGACAAUGCUGUGCGAACGUUAUUGUAAGGAUUUGUGUCUUCCGUCGGCAAUAGCUGAAAUGGUGAAGCGAUUGAUUGCCUUUAAUCCGCCCGAGAUGAAAAUGAGCGAAACGAGCGCACUAUCACGAACCGUACCAAACUUUGAGGGACGUGCUAUGGCAUACAUUAUUUUCAUUUUAAAAUUAUUUUUCGGUGUGGAUGACAAACGUGAAAAUGAUAUAUCGGCAUCGGCACAAGUGAUCAACCACAAAUUAAUCGAAUGUGAUUCAAAACAGCAGCCGUUGUUUGUUUGGAGUGAAUGGGUGGAAUACAUCGAAAUGCGAAAUACGAUUUUGUCACAAUGUCACUAUCCGACUGCAAUGGAAAUCGAUCCAAACACCAGCAUGCACACAAAUAUGUAUAUUGACUAUUUGAAACGCACCAACGAAGACAGUACAUACAAUGAACGCUACCGGAAGGUUGAAAUGGAAAAUAUUCGAUUAGUUUUUGAUCAAAUUGUUAAAUUGCAUGAAGAUAAUCAACAAACAUGGAAACCAUCAUGUCAAUUUCAACCAUCUCUAACACCAUUCAGCAGCUAUAUGGAAGAAAUUCUUGACGAUCGAGCAAUCAAAUCGAAAAUCUAUGUGCCCGAAUUUAUGAAUGUUGACCAUGAAAAACGUGAUAUUAUUCCAUAUUUGAAACCAAAGCGGCUGAAGAAAAUCUUUCGUUCGAUGAAACAACAGCUUGAAAUUAAAGAAAUUGGAUUCAAUCCCAAUUUACAAUUUGCACACGUUCGUCAUGAGAAUCGAAAAACCACGACCAAUGUUCAAUUUGAAUUUGAUGUGACACGAGCCGAAUGGUUGGAUUUGAUAAAAGAACGUGAUGAUAAAAAAUAUGAAGCACAAGAGACAAAUCGAAAGAUGGAAAACGAUGAAAUUGGUGAACAAAUCGCCGAACAUUUAGCAAAUCUACGAACCAAACAAAUUGUCGCUGAUGCCAUUCGAAAAGCAAACCAUACAGAUAAUUCGUCCACAAAUCCGACAGCCAAUGUGGCUGCAUAUCAGUAUUUUGAUGAAGAAGAGAAGGACAUUGUUGAUGAUAUUGUAUUGAAUGAACCACGGCGCAAUUUAGAUAAGCAAUCCAACAUGCUAAACUACCAAUCGAGCGACGAUGACGACGAUGACGGUGACAGCAAUGACGAAAUGAUCAAAAGUGAUCAUGACCUUAAUGGCGAGAACGAGGAUUCAAUUGAAUUUAUUAUCAGCAAUUUCGAUUAUUGGAUUGCAAUGCAAAAUAUUUAUUACAUUACAAAUGCAUCAUUUGUUGACAGCGUAAAUGUAUUGCCGAAACAUUUUCAGUGGCUUCUUAAGCAGUGCGCCCUUCAAAUUCAUAUGCAUAUCAAAGAUUUGUACAUUGAAUUGUUGGCCAUCGAAAAUCAAUUUCGAUACGUGCUAAAGCCAAUAUUCAAAAUGGAUAACUAUAUUAAAUUGCGAACACCGUCUACCACAAAAUUACAUCCACAAACCAUAAGUGCGAUGAAAAAUCUAAAGCGCAUUUGGUAGAUAGUCAACGAGGAAGCGAUUAAAACACACACACAUACACACCGAGAGAAAGAUAGAGAUUCACCCGUUAUUGUACUAAAUUAAAAGGAUUCAUUAAAUUUCUCUUGUGAAACCAAUACGCUUAUGUUGAGAAACGAAACUACUUACUUGUUAGAUUUGUAAUUGAAUAAACAUCUGAAUAAAAUGCCGAUUUUUUAAAGAAAAAUAAACUUGAA